AUGCAAUCAUUAUUCAUUCAAAAUGGAAAGGAAACACCUGAACCUGUGAAAGCUCAAAUAAAAGGUCACAUGCCAACAUGGCUUCAGGGCACGCUGAUGAGGAACGGGCCUGCUCUGUUUACUGUGGGUGACUCUGAGUACAAUCACUGGUUCGAUGGGAUGUCCCUCAUUCACAGCUUCACUUUUAAAGACGGUGAUGUGUUUUACAGGAGUAAAUUCCUGAAAAGCCACACUUAUAAGAAAAACAUGAAGGCGGGUAGAAUCGUUGUCUCCGAGUUUGGCACCAUGGUCUAUCCUGACCCCUGCAAAAACAUCUUUUCCAGGGCAUUCACACAUCUCAGCAAUGUCAUUCCCGACUUUACCGACAACAACAUGAUUAACGUCAUCCGCUACGGUCAAGACUACUACGCCUCUUCCGAGAUCAACUAUAUGACCCAAAUUGAUCCUGCUACUUUGGACACCAUCGGAAGGAUCAACUACAGGAAUCAUAUUACCAUCAACUUGGCGACAGCUCAUCCUCACUAUGAUGAUGAAGGCAACACAUACAACAUGGGCACCGCCAUUGUCGGCCUUGGUCCGCCAAAGUAUGUCAUCUUUAAAGUCCCAGCUCAUGUUGCAGGUUCUGAGCAGAACAAACCCGCCCUCCAGCAGGUACAGCAAGUCUGCUCACUUCCUUUUCGCUCUACACUGUACCCGAGCUACUUCCACAGCUUUGGCAUGACCGAGAACUUCAUCGUAUUUGUGGAGCAACCAUUCAAAGUGGAUAUCGUCAAACUAGCGACUGCCUACUUUCGCGGCAUCAAUUGGGGAAGCUGCCUCAAGUUCGACAAGGACGACACUACCUUUUUUCACCUAUUCAACCGCAAGACGGGCAAAAGGGUUUCCACUUGUUUCUAUGGUGACGCUCUAGUAGUCUUUCAUCACAUUAAUGCCUACGAGACCGAGGACCACGUAGUGUUCGACCUGAUUGCCUAUACAGACAGCAAUCUUUACGACAUGUUCUACUUGAAGAACUUAAGGCUGGACACUAAGAGCUUCAUUGAGGCCAAUGCCAACUCCUCGCCCCCAGUCAGCCAGCGCUUUGUCCUGCCGCUACAUGUCAACAAGGACUCAGCAAAAGAAACCAACCUAGUGACUCUGGCAGACACGACUGCCACCGCAGUCAUGAAGGACAAUAGUCAAGUCUACUGCCAGCCAGAAACGCUGUUCCAAGGGCUGGAGUUGCCCAACAUCAACUACAAGUUCAACGGCAAGAAGUACAGAUACUUCUAUGGCUCCAAAGUGGACUGGUCACCACAACCAAACAAGAUCAUCAAGUUUGACACUGUAACCAAGACCCACAUGGAAUGGCAUCAGGACAACUGCUACCCAUCAGAACCCGUGUUUGUUGCAUCACCCGGAGCCGUGGAUGAAGACGACGGUGUUAUCUUGUCAUCAGUCAUCUGUCCCGACCCGAACACUAGGCCAUUCAUGCUUGUUCUCGAUGCCAAGACAUUGGCAGAGCUGGCACGAGCAGACAUUCCUGCCAGCGUUCAUUUGGACCUUCAUGGACUUUUUAUUCCCAGCGCCAACUGA